AUGGGAAAUUCGGAUAAUUGUUUUGAUUCUAAAUUUAGUCAAGAUCUAAUUGUUGAAUCCAGAGACAUGUUGAUGAAGAAAUAUACCAAUUUGAUUGCUAGAGUCGGGGACAAUAAAUUUGAUAUUGUGGAGCUGAUUGAAUAUUAUCAACAAGGGAAGUUUGAUAAUGGUAUUGAUGAUUUGCUUAGAGAGAUUCGUCAAGGGGAGGAGGAGGUUGAAAUGUUGAUUGAGGUUACACACAAGCUAAUAACCGGGAUGAAUGAAUUAUAUGGAAUAAUGGAUGAACAAAUCCCAAAAUGA